GGUUUUACUUUUGCGCUUCGGAUUCCUUCUUUUUACUAGGAAGAGUUUAGUUGAGCAGGUCUGGGACUCUUGUUUGUUGCAAUUUGUAGUGGACUUCCUAGUGAGGUGCAGUUAUUCGUAAAGGACUCUAAGCAGCUUAUUUGCAUUACAGAAAUGACAGUCACUCUAGUUGUUGUCUGCAGUACAUUGUAUUAGGCUGCUUUAGUACAGAUUGACAUCUCUUGAGUGAGUGUUUGAUACCAGUGGACUUUCAAAUGUGUAAUAGGCCUGGCAGAAUAAGACAUCCUGGCCCACCCUGACAUCCUGGAGUUCACUUCUAUAACUGCUCCCAGUAUGUCACCGGAGACUGAAGGGCAGCACAUUGAUGAAAUUCAAGAGGUACCCAAGGAAAAUGGCUUGAUCAUCCCUACCAGCAGUAGCCAUCAGUACAACAGCAUAAGUCCCCCUGCCUCACCAAGCAAACAUGAUGAUGAUGAGUUCACAACAUACUUCAAUGAAAAAGUUGCCAUACCUGAUACUGGCGCAACUUCUUUCAGCUUCCGAAAGCUAUGGGCCUUUACAGGUCCUGGGUUUCUCAUGAGCAUUGCAUAUCUUGAUCCAGGAAACAUUGAAUCAGAUUUACAGUCUGGAGCGAUAGCAGAAUUUAAGCUGCUAUGGAUUUUGUUGACUGCUACCAUCAUUGGUCUCCUCCUUCAGCGGUUGGCGGCCCGCCUGGGUGUGGUGACAGGGUUACAUCUAGCUGAAGUCUGUCACAGGCAGUAUCCAAAGGUUCCACGCAUUAUUCUGUGGUUGAUGGUUGAAACUGCCAUUAUUGGAUCAGACAUGCAAGAAGUCAUUGGCUCGGCCAUUGCCUUUAACCUUCUCUCUGGCGGAAGGAUUCCUCUUUGGGCUGGAGUACUGAUUACCAUUGCAGAUACCUUUGUGUUUCUGUUUCUGGAUAAAUAUGGACUAAGAAAACUGGAAGCCUUCUUUGGGUUCCUAAUUACCGUAAUGGCUAUUACGUUUGGGUAUGAGUACAUAAAGGUCAAGCCAGACCAGGGCCAGUUGCUGAAGGGAAUGUUCUUUCCAUAUUGUGCAGACUGUGGCCCUCCACAGCUCGAGCAGGCAGUGGGCAUCGUGGGGGCAGUCAUCAUGCCUCACAACAUCUACCUGCAUUCAGCUCUUGUCAAGUCCAGACAAGUGAAUCGAUCGAACAAAAAAGAGGUGAAAGAAGCGAACAUGUACUUCUUCAUUGAGUCAACAAUUGCCCUCUUUAUCUCCUUCCUCAUUAAUGUUUUUGUGGUCGCUGUAUUUGCUGAAGCAUUUUAUAAGAAGAAGAAUCAAGAUAUGGCCAAUACUUGCAACAGUACUGGUAGCCCAUAUGCUCACCUGUUUCCUUACAAUAAUGGUACUCUUGAAGUUGAUCUCUAUACAGGGGGUAUUGCGCUAGGAUGUGCUUUUGGCCCUGCUGCUCUUUAUAUUUGGGCGGUGGGCAUUCUAGCUGCAGGACAGAGUUCAACAAUGACUGGCACUUACUCUGGGCAGUUUGUCAUGGAAGGAUUUCUGGAUCUGAAAUGGUCACGUUUUGCCAGAGUUCUGUUGACCCGUUCCAUUGCCAUCACACCAACACUGUUUGUUGCAGUUUUCCAAGAUGUGACAGAGCUGACUGGCAUGAAUGAUUUCCUGAAUGUGUUACAGAGUUUGCAGCUCCCGUUUGCCUUGAUUCCAAUCUUGACUUUUACCAGCCUUCAUCGUGUGAUGAAUGAUUUUGCUAAUGGACUCGGCUGGAAGAUUGCAGGAGGCAUACUGAUAUUUAUAGUUUGCUGCAUCAACAUGUAUUUCGUUGUGGUCUAUGUCACCAGCCUGGGGCACGUUGCCCUUUAUGUACUUGCUGCUGUCCUUUCUGUAGCAUACUUGAGUUUUGUGGCCUAUCUGACAUGGAUAUGCUUGAUCUCAUUGGGGCUAUCAUUCCUAGACUGCAAUAACAUGUUUUUGAACGAGACUCGGCCUGAAUUCUUCCUUCUCAAUGACGUUGAUGCAGAUGAUUCUGUGACUAAAUGACGAGCAAGCUACUUCACUGGAAGGGAGUGCCCAAGAAUGGCUGAGGUCCAUAUAUGCUGCAGAGAAUAACAAAAAUGCUGAAACAUAUAUGAGUAAACGACCAAGGAAUUGUUGCUGAAGAACUGCAGUGGGGCUUUCAAAUGCAGUAUAUUACACAAGAGAGAGAUAAUUAUUUACUGGAGACCUUCACAGAUCAUUUUCAAGGCUAAAAAUGUCAAUGACAGGCUGUCUGGAUUAAAAAUAUUCUUGCAGUUUUAUCCCAUUUAUGGAUGGUACUGAUCUAUAUUACAAGCUCUGGGCUUGGGCCUUAAAUAUGUUUACAGAUCUGCAAGUAGUUACCAGCAUGCCCUAUGGGUACAAGUGUUUCAAGUUUUGUGGCAUGGGUCACAUGUUAUUAUAAAUAAAGAGAUUCUUAAGUAAGAAAACAAUUAUAA